ACAUAACACAUAAACACAAACACUUGAACACUAAACAAAAACAUGUUUCAUUUCAUUCUUUAAAUAUUCUAAGACUAUGUCAAAUUGUCAAUAGAGUUAUAUUAAGUAUUUGAUCCUCCUCAAUAUGAGUAAUACCACUAUGACUGCUUCUACUGAUCAAUAUUGGAUGCAAAUCUAUCAGCAACCUCUCAUGGAAGAUCAUCAUGCUAUAGAAAAUUUCUCUGAUUCAACUGUCAUGACAACAAAUCCUCUCCCAUCACAAACCACGGUUAUGAGUCCAACAAAUUCAUACUCAAACAACACUAGUGACCAAUUGACACCAAAGAGUGGUAAUGUAUCCAAACCUAUCAGAAGAAGAUCUAGAGCUUCUAAGAGAACACCAACAACACUUCUUAAUGCAAACACAACAAAUUUCAGACAACUUGUGCAGCAAUUCACAGGUUGUCCUAGUACUAGUCUCUCGUCGUCGUUGUCGUCGCUAGGUGUUCGUAAAGGACCUAUUACCUUAAACUUUCAACAAGGUAGUAGCAAACAGAAUAUUCAACAUGAUACAUCAUCAACAACAGCUAGGUUAAUGCCACAGUUUAGUAGCACAAGUUAUAAUCAAGUUUCUAGGCCGUUUCCAUUGAAGAUGAAUCAAAUUCAAGUGGCUCAGCAACAGCAGAAUGGUUAUAACUCAUAUGAUUAUGUCAAUAACAACAGUUUUGGUUCGAAUUCGGGUAACAUAGAUGUUUCUGAUGGAUUGGUUGUGGAUAAUGAUUUUGGUUUGCAUGAUCUAUCUGUGAAUGCAUUCUCUAAUGAUACUUUUAUGUAAUGAAAAUUAUUGUUUAAUUAAGUAGACUUAGUUAUAUAGUUUGUUACUUUGUUUAUUGUUGUAUGAAUUUUCACCUAUAAUUAUAACAAUAAUGUAUAAGGUCUUUUUUAUAUGCUGGCUUUAAUAUCUUUGAAUUCAUCAGAAGAAAGCAUGUGAGUGAGGUGUUGUAAGCUAGUGUGAUUCAUUCAUAUCUUGUAGGUUUGAAUUGAAUUGGAAUAGUUCAAAAGAAGUAUACAGUUUUGGUCACCGGGGAGAGUUCGAGGUGGAUUGGAAUAUAGAAUGGUGGGCUAGUUUUGGCUGCAUCUGUAGCAUAGUACUACUUUGAACAAAGUUCAUCCUUAUCUUUUUUGUUUUAAUAUUACAAGGUUUAUUUAAUAUGUGUACAGAUGUUGUACAAAUGUUCAAUAUAUUGUUAGUAGAGUUUUCAAA